CAUCAUCAUGGCGACUUUAUUCAAUGGAUAAAAUUAAUUCUUCAAUUGUUAAUAAUAAAACGGAUAAAAUGAUAAUUUCCAUAAACAAUAUUUGGCCUAAAAUGAAUAAUGAAAAUCGACAACGAAGAUCUAUAAUUAAUGAUGAUGGACAAAAUGAUGAUAAUCAUGUCAUUGAUGGUGGACAAUUGCCACAAUUACGACGAUUACAAUCAACUUCCGAAUCAUCAUCAUCAUCGACGGCGAGCUUGAUGAAAACAUCGAUUGCAAUUAAUCGUUGUUCACCGAAAACAUUUGAAACAUGUUUAUCAAUGAUGCAAGAAGUGAUGGAAAAUUCAUCAUUAGCAUUUCCAAUCAAUUCUAGAGAUUUAGAUAUUACGUGUCGGAAAUUAAAAUCAGGAGAUUAUUGUGCCGAAAAAUAUAUACGUUCCUGUGCCGGUAAUCGACAACGACAUCUUUAUCAGGAUAUUGUACAGGGAUCGAAAAAUGUAAUACGUUUAUUAUGUCAACAAGGACGUACACAACAAUUAUAUUUACAAUACGCUCCAUGUUUAAAGGAUAUAUCAAUUUCAACGCAAAAAUGUUCAACGGUUGUACGUCGUUUUCAAUCCAUAUCGAAAAUGAUGUCCGAUAAUGAACAACAACAGCAACAACAAACUCGACAAAAAACUACCAAUGAUGGCGAUAAUGAUGAACGUUUAUUAAGAUUCUGUUGUGCAUAUCAAGAAAGUGUUGAUUGUCAAAUACGUAAUGUAAGAAAAUAUUGUGGCCAAGAAGGAUUACGUUUUUUUGAACAUUACAUGUCUGAAAUGACAAAUUCAUUAAUCAAUCAACAUUGUGCUGGUUAUACUUAUAGUGAUAAAUGUAAACGUUUACGAAGGCCAUCAAAUCAUCAUAAUCAUAAUCAUCAUCAUGGUUCAUUGGAUCGUCAUCCCAUUUGA